GUUGUUUAAUGCUCUAACGGCCUUCCAUACAGCAGAUACUGGUUUCUACAUGGAGACCAUUUUCUCUUUCAGAUGUUUUCUCAAUCAGAUCUUUAAUUAUUGAGCAGCUUGUCUGAUUAAUAAACUGGUUUAAUGUUCCGUCCUCUGGCAGCUGAGGACCAUAAAGCGUCUUUAUAGUAAUAAUUAAUGUGAGUGUUUGUUAUUUUCGGGCUGCUUUCGGGGCUUGUUUUGCUCAGACUAGGGGUGCAGGCUUUUCCCUCCCCCUUCCAGAGGACAAAGACUAAAAUGGGUCAGGCUGAGGAGAGCAGCAGCGGAUCCUGCGCACCAGCAUCAGGAGGCAGAGAGCAGCUGUUGGCCGCCUUCCAGGCUCUCUGAGCGGGGACCUGCUGCUGCUUUCCUCCGCUGGUUCCUCCCGCUGAGCCCUUUAUCCCCGCUCAGCUCACCGGCGUUUCCCUCAUUCGCUUUUCUUUGGUUCCCAACAUGUCGUCCUGGGAUGGCUGACGCCGCUAACUGGGACUGAACUGGUUCUGGUGAACUGGACCUGCUGAAUUCCUCCAGCUUUUAGUGAAACACCGACUCAUCCGCCCCCACACUGACCGCCGGAGGACGAUGGAGGCCGGACUGAGCUGAACGGAGUCCCCGCUGACCGCUCAGAACCUCCACUGGAUCCGUUUUGAGGCCUUCGUGAUCCCAGCAGACACUCCACAGCCAUGACUCCCCCGGCCGACCUCCGACCUUUGCCCGGGCUGCUCGUCGUGAUGCUGCUGAUGUCACUUCCUGCUGCAGCUCUGGAACCAGAGACGUGUUUCUCCCGGCAGCAUCAGGGCGCCGCCAUCAACGUCAGGGCAGCGCUGAGCCGGGACGCGGUGGCCAUGAUGGCCCGGACGGUCCGGUCGGAGCGGGACUGCGUCCUGGCCUGCUGCUCCGAAGAGGUCCAAACAGGCGCUCGGUGCAACAUGGCCGUGUUCAAAGCCAACAAACACGCUGGCGAAGACAACUGCCUGCUGUUCCACUGUCCCACCGAGUCGGACUGUCCUCUGAUGAAAGCCGCCGAGGGCAGCAACACCUACGACAUCUACAAAGGUUUAAGUCAUCCACCCACACUGAGACCUGUUCCCAUGACAACCACACUCCAUACUACCAGCACCUCCACCUCUACCACAUCAGCACCAACUACACCAACCACCAGCCAGCCCACCAGCACAACCAGCACACCAACCACCGCCCAGGCACUGCACUCCACCCCAGAACCUUCCCCACCCAUCAUCAUCAUUGCCACAGAGCCUGCAGGUACUCCACCCACCAACACCACUACAAGCACCACCACCAUGGGAUCCUCUCCCACCUUCACCACCAGAAAACCCAACAAAACCAGCAAGAAGCAAAACAAAACCAUCAAGAAAGGAAAAUCUCAUCCAGCCCUCACCACCACCACUACCCAAACAGCUCCCAGCUCCAUGACAUCACUUCCUGCUGAAACAGGAAGGAAGGAGGUGGAAGAUAAACAUACUAGUGUUCUAAAAACUACAACUUCAGGUACACCCACCACUGUGGCUCCAACCACCAGUACAACCAGUACAACCACUACAGCCACAACGACUACAGCCACCUUCCCCAUCACCACCACCACCCUGCCUCCAACCACCACCACCACCACCACCACCCAGCGUACCUCCACCACUGAGCCAACCACCACAGUGACAGCUCAACCGCCAAGUCUGAUCUUCAUUCCCAAAGACCCAGUCCAGUCAGAGCCCGACCUCCAACCGGGCCACCCCACCCUGAACUCCAGCUCCAGCCGGGGGAAAGCGGUGGCGGCCCAGGGGGCGCUGAAGGGCGGCGUGGUGGCCUUCAUGGUGCUGGCGCUGGCCGUGCUGACGCUGGCGCUGGCGGUGGGCGGCCGGAAGGCCGUGGAGUCCUUUGACCGGCGCCAUUACACCAGACUGGAGCUCAACGACCUGCACUAUGAGAUUUAACGGGAGAAUCCAACAUUUCUGCUUUAUUUAAAGUUGUUUAAGUAUUAGCUGCACAACUCUGAACGUCUGCUCACGCUUUGUUUACGAAGUCAGAGAAUCCUGCUCUCUGAUUGGUCAGAUUCGGCUGUUGAAGCUCCCGACUCUCCAUUGGCCACAGAGAUAGUCCCCGCCCCUUGGCAUGGACGGAGAAACUGUGUUCAGUCAUUUUUAAGGAUUACACAGAUUAAAUUUACAGACGAGUUAAAUCAGAUCUGGUUUAAUUAGGUUUUUAAACUGGAACAAUGAUCUGAUCUCUGAUCAGUUCAUUGAUCUGAUCUGUGCAGUUCUAAUAACCACCACUAGAUGUCAUCCUUUUUUCUGUUAAUUCAGUUUCUGUCACUGAGGCAGUGACAUGCGGUGAGGUUCAUAGCUGGUGAGGCACUGACUUAAUCAUAAUCAGAUUUACAAAUAUAGACCCCCUGCAUGUUAUUAUUUACAUAAGGAAAUUUUGCGCAUGAGGACAAGCUGGAGGGCAAAAAGACAAUUCUUCUACAUGUCAUCCAUAGCCGCGCUGCCGCCGUAGAAUAACUCCGUUGACUCAAACUUGGACGUGUAGAUGUUAUUAAUUUUGUGCUCCACAGCAAAGGGAAAAACCGUUAAAGUACAACUCAAAACCACGUCUUUCUCGCUCUCUGUAUCAGAGCAGCUACGAGCAGGCUCGUUGCCAUAGCAACUGACAA